CUUCUCUUGCCUGGUCAACACAUUUACAUUUGUUUCCGUCGUCAUGACGGCAAUACGUUGUUUAUGUCUCGUUAUUUGCUCCGAAAUUGUUUUCAGUUUUGUUCGGGCUUGAUGCCCUAAGAACUUGUUUUAUUGCUCUGUAUUUGAAUUUGUAUGAAGUGUCAAACAUCAAAGUUGUAUUUAAGUUAAGUGUAUAGGCUAAAUUUAAGCUGUCGGUUAAAUUGCAAAUCUGCGAAAAUAUCAUCCUCAUAGGACCAUCAUCAGACAAGGGUCCAAUCCUACAUAAAAGAAGAAAUGGGCGUGAAAGAAUGCUUUGAGCUUAAAGCUCUGACAUAUUUUAAGAUAAUUGUAGGUAUAAUCUGCAUCUGUGGGUUUCUUUGGCAAACGACUUUGUUUUUGAAGUUUUAUUAUUCAAAUCCAGCUGUGUUAGAUCUACACCUGAUAGCACCGGAAAAGUUUGUAUUUCCUGCCUUUACAUUCUGCAAUGCUAAUUUGAUAAUGAGAAGUAAAUAUUGUGAACAUUAUCCAGACAAAUGCAGCGCUCCAGAAGAUAUGGAAACAUUCUGUGAGCGAUAUUCACAUUACUGUGAGAAGGUAGAGGAUCCCCUGAAAGCAAAUGUGUCAUGGCGGUUUGAUGAUAACUUUUUGAUUCCUAAAAAAGACACUCGCUAUCUUCGUGAUGUGGUUCCAACAAAAUCUCUAAACUCUUUCACUCAAAAUGUCUCGGAUUUUGUUUUUACAUCUCUAGGAAAGGAUGACAUAGAUGGUCCAUAUUUCUAUGAAAAACCCGGAAGAUCUCAACUAAUUCCUUGUUACACGCAGUAUUCCAGAGUUGAUAGCGAUCAGGAACCACACAUGUCUUUGUUUGCUCCGUUUGUAUUAUUCUCCAAACAGACUUCUGAAUACCCAGCAAUGAUUACUACACUGAGCCUUGUCAUUGAACCAAAAGAAUAUCUCAGUCCAAAAAUGAAACCAGGAGCUUAUUUUACUGUGCAUUCUCCUUAUGAAGCUGUUAAUCCGCAUUAUAAAGGAGUUUUUAUGGAAGCUGGAAAAAAAUAUCACGUCCAUAUAAAGCUGGAAGAAGAUCACCUUCUUACUCCUCCUGAGAAUGAUUGUGUGGAUUACAUUGAGCGUUGGAAAAGUGCCGGCAAAAAAGGACCAAGAUCACAGAAGAUGUGCAUGGAAAAGUGCAGUCUUGAGUAUGAAAUAGUUUGUUGCGGAUGUAUUUCUCGUAGCAUAAUGUUCCCAACUCAGCAUCAGAAAUGUUUAUUUAACAAACAAAGUUACUGCAUAACAGGAAACGAUCCAAUUGACGAGUAUCGAAAGUGUAACUCUUCUUGCAAUAGACCCUGUUCGAACUUGAAGUUUCAUUACACAGUCGAAGAACGUCCCGAAAUAGGAAAGCUAUUUUUCGAUGAUGACUGGGCUGCCAGAAUGACAUAUGUUAGUGUUUAUAUGGAGGAUCCUUAUAUCACUGUUCGAUCACAAAAACCUUUGCUAAUGGUGGAAUCUUGCAGCUACGUUGGCGGAUUUUUGUGUUUCUGGCUGUGUAUUUUUGUUUUGUUUACCCAAGUUGCCCGAUUGAUUCACCAACUUCUGGUUUCAUAUAUUGAGAAACGCCAUCCCGUUGUUUCUUAAAGAGCCUAAUGAAAAGAAAAAUGUAUUAGUUAACUUCACAAAAUAAAAAGGAAA